AUGCUGCAGAUUGAUCGAAGCAUUCACUGAUAACUUUAAUAACAGGAAAUUAUCACAAAACAUGCAAGAAGAUUGUAGAUCGGAUUAUGGCAUUUCAAUUUACCGUCGGUGAAAUUAUCUUCUUGAUACAUCUUUUUGGAAAAAGAUUGUAAAUCGGAUUAUGUCUCAAUAAUUCCUGUACAGUUUACGGUUGGUAGUAUUUAAGCAUAUUUGGAUGAUCGAAGAUUCUUUAAUGUGGUAUCUAGAUACACCUUUGCUAAUCAAUCUGUAUAAUCACUCUCGUCGAUUAGCUGCGAAUCCGGCACCUCCUAUUUCAAAAUUAAUAUCAUUAGCCAUGACGCAAACCUGAUCGGAAUAAGUUGCCCAUCUUUAAUUUACCCGGGAUAAUCGUCAUAAAUUAAACCAUAUUUCUGCUGAAGUUGGAUAUACAGCAUAUAUAAUUAUAAUGGUGUCGAUACUGGAUAUCGCAAUCACAUUGCUCUUUCUGAUCUUGGGGCAAUUUGUAUAUGACAUAUACAAGCGCAAAAGACUACAAUUUCCACCAGGACCGAUUGGUUUACCAAUCAUCGGAAGCUUAGCUUCGUUCGGCAGUUAUCCCCAUCUCGUCUUUGAUUAUUGGAGAAAAAAGUAUGCAUCGGAUACUAUCUGUUACCGGCUUGGCUUCCGGAAUAUAGUUGUUUUGCACAAUUUUGAUACUAUAAAAAAAACGUUAAAUGAUGAUGCUUCAACUGGACGGGAACAUAUCACGUUUGGCACAACCGACUUACAGACAAACAAUGGCAUUCGUUACGGAUUGUUAGCAAGCGAAGGAGAACUGUGGCAAGAACAUCGGCGCUUUGCGAUGUCAACCUUGAAGCACUUUGGCAUGGGAAAGACAUGGCUGGAAGAUGCCAUCAUUGCUGAGACGGAUGACCUUUGUAAACUAUUCCAUAAGCAUCAAGGGCGACCUUUGAACCCAGCCGAGCCUAUUUACCAUUGUGUUUCUAAUAUGAUGUGCAGUUUAGCUUUUGGGAAGCGGUUUGAUUAUAGCGACAAAAAUUUUACCAAUUUGGCCGUAUCCAUCGCAGAUCAAGUUGUGCAGACAACGGACGAUCUAUUAUUUUCCAUGUGCCCGUAUUUGAAAUACAUUCCGGGACGCUUUCGCAAUCGCUAUAAAAAGGGACAAGAAAAUUAUAAGCGUGUGGUAGCUUUUACACAGGAUAUUGCCAAAGAGCAUAAUAAAAGCGUGGCGGAAGACGAGGCACAUGAUUACAUCGAUGCAUUUACCGCAAAAGCCAAUUCCUCGCAAAAUGGCAGCAAAGGAUUUUAUAACGAAAAGCAGCUGGAAGUCAUGCUGUAUGACCUUUUUGCUGCCGGUACGGAAACAACGUCAACAACAAAUUUAUGGUGCUUAGUGUUUAUGUUGGAGUAUCCGGAUAUUAUGGCAAAGGUGCAGGAGGAAAUUGAUCAUCAUGUGGGCAACCAACGUCCUGUGCGCUUUAGUGAUAAAGCUGUGCUGCCGUUUACGGAAGCGACUGUCUUGGAGAUGCAGCGUCUCGCCUCUAUUGCACCAUUUGGGAUACCACACGUAACGCAAAAGGAUAUGUAUAUUGAUGGCUAUUUUGUACCAGAAAAUUCCAUACUUUUGCCAAAUUUGUAUUCCGUUCAACGUGAUCCGAAAUACUGGGAUAAGCCGGAUACCUUUGAUCCAACCCGAUUUCUCAGCCAAAACGGCACAGUCGACAAACCGGAAACGUUUAGUGUUUUUGGAAUAGGAAAGCGUGCGUGUAUGGGAGAAUUACUGGCUAGAAUGGAGGUGUUUAUCAUCAUAGCGAACAUCGUCCAACGGUUUAAUCUCACCUUGCCGCCCGGAUGCACUAUAUCUCACAAGGAUUACAUGGUUUCAAUUGUUCUUCAUCCCAAACCGUUUGAUGUCAUCUUCACUCCUAGAACGGAAUAUUCCGAUAUGUUAAACAAAUCCGAUUAUCAGUGUUUAUAACUUCGCUGUACUUUGAGUCUAAUGGUCAUACUAACUAUUCCUCGCCAUCUUGAUCAGGAUUUUAAAUAGUACGAGUAUGCUGUACGUAUACUCGUACUAAAUUUUAGUUCUUACAGUUUCAGUAUGCGUCUCACACUCUGGAGAAAAAAGUGUUCAUCAUGAUGCUGCAUUCUUUAGUUUUACUGAAGCGCGUAAAUGAUCUAAACAAAGGAACGGUGCA